UAUUAAAAGACGGAGGAAGCAGUAAUUAGAAGAGUGAGCAUACACUACUUCAAAAUAUGCUCUAAACCCCUCCCGGCUUCCCCCCACCAACGCCGCCAUCGUUCUAUCCUCCAACACCAACAUCACGGUCAGUUCCUCCGUCUUCUUAGCGGCACCACCAUCUCUACCACCACCUUGCAGUAUAUCUCAACCUGUGACUUUCAAAUCAAGGUGUAAUCAAAACACCCAACAAAUAAUAUUUAGCAGAAUUGUGGUGAUCAUGACUCUAUGCCCCUUAUCCUCCAAAGAAUGAGCAAAAUAUUGCUGGGAUUGACUCUAAACAAGUCAUCUCCGCUGCUUUCAACGUUUUCUUCAAACUCUUAUUCUUUCAUCUUCGGCCAAUUUCGUAUCAUUCGAUUCUCAUGCGCCCACAUCAAGUUCUUGAGCAGCAGUGACCAUUCUUCCACAGAUACCCUUGGAGGAUUGAUUGAUUCUGAUGCUCUCUCUAAAUCAAGCAACUAUCAUGAAGAUACACUUUCCAGCAAAGAAUUCUCACAAUUGCGUGACUGCAUUGUGGGUUCUUCGGAUUCUUCAUUGCUGGUAGCAGAGCAGGGUAAUUUCUCAGCUGAUGCUUUAUUGAUUUCAGGUGCAAUAAAUGAGAGUAGCAAUGUAUUUGAGUUCAAAACCCAAAACUUUCUUCGGAAGUUUAGGGACAAAUUGAGCGAAUCUUUAUUAAUUGAUGUGAUGAAGCUUAUUAAAAACCCUCAGCUGAGUGUUCAGUUUUUCUUAUGGGCUGGUCAGCAAGUUGGGUAUAGUCAUACUACUCCUGUUUAUGAUGCAUUGUUGGAUGUAAUGGGGUGUGAUCAGAAUGAUAGGAUACCCAAGCAUUUUCUUCAAGAUAUUCAGGACGAAGAUAGGGGGGUUCUGGAAAACUUGCUUAAUAUUCUGGUCAGGAAGUGUUGCCGUGAUGGGAGGUGGAAUGUGGCCUUGGAGGAGCUUGGGAGGCUGAAGGAUUUUGGUCACAAACCAUCUAAGUCCACAUAUAAUGCUCUUGUUCAGGUAUUUGUAGAAGCUGGUAGGUUAGACACUGCCCAUCUACUUCAUUCAGAGAUGUCAAAUGUUGGGUUUAAAAUGGAUAUCUCUACGUUGAAUUCUUUCGCAUAUGCUCUGUGCAAGGCUGGAAAGUGCGGUGAAGCCCUGGACUUGGUAGAGAAGGAAGACUUUGUCCCCGACACAAAACUUUAUACAACAAUGAUAUCUGGUUUAUGUGAAGCUUCUCUUUUUGAUGAAGCCAUGGAUAUUUUGAACAAAAUGAGAUGCAGCUCUUCAUUGCCCAAUGUAGUAACAUACAGGGUUUUGCUUUGUGGGUGUUUGAAGAAAAAGAAGCUGGGUAGGUGUAAGAAAAUAUUAAGCAUGAUGAUUGCUGAAGGAUGCUACCCUAAUCGUAGAAUAUUUAAUUCACUUAUUCAUGCAUAUUGCGCUUCAAGUGACUAUUUUUAUGCAUACAAGUUGCUUGAGAAUAUGGCAAAUUGUGGUUGCCAACCCGGCUAUCUGGUAUAUAACAUAUUAAUUGGUGGAAUUUGUUGUAAGGAGCUACCUAGUUCAUAUGAUUUAGAAUUGGCAGAGCAAGUUUAUGCUGAAAUGAUUGACCGGGGAUUGGUGUUAAAUAAGGUUAAUGUAAGCAGCUUUUCCAGACGCCUUUGUGAGGCUGGGAAGUUUGACAAAGCAUAUAAUGUUAUUCAAGAAAUGAUGAGUAAGGGUUUUGUGCCUGAUAACAGUACAUACUCAAAGGUUAUCGAAUUCCUUUGCAAUAAUUCACAGGUUCAGAAGGCUUUUUUGCUAUUUGAAGAAAUGAAAAGGUCAGGUAUUACUCCAGAUGUAUAUACUUACACUAUUCUGAUUGAUGGGUUCUGUAAGGCUGGUCUUAUUGUCCAAGCACGUAAGUGGUUCAACGAAAUGGUUUUAGAUGGUUGUUCUCCUAAUGUGGUGACCUACACCACAUUAAUUCAUGCGUACCUUAAAGCACGCAGGAUAGGUGAAGCCAAUGAGCUAUUUGAAAUGAUGUUAUCAGAUGGAUGUGUACCAAAUGUUGUGACUUAUACUGCUUUAAUAGAUGGUUACUGCAAAUCUGGAAACAUUGACAAAGCUAGCCAAAUAUAUGCUAGGAUGAGAGGACAAGAAAAUUUACCUGAUGUAGAUAUGUAUUUUAAGGUAAAUUCUUCUGAUGUUAAUGCACCUAAUGUUUUCACUUAUGGAGCCUUGGUUGACGGGUUGUGCAAGGCACACAAGGUAAAAGAUGCUCACAACUUACUGGAUGCAAUGUUUGCUGAUGGUUGUGAACCAAAUAACAUUGUCUAUAAUGCCUUGAUUGAUGGAUUUUGCAAGGUGGGGGAGCUUGAUAAAGCACAAGAGAUAUUUUCAAAAAUGUCUGAACGUGGAUACAGUCCUGACAUAUACACUUAUGCCUCUUUUAUUGACAAGAUGUUCAAAGAUAAAAGGAUGGAUCUUGCUUUAACGAUCUUAUCGAAAAUGCUGGAAAGUGAUUGCGCCCCUAAUGUUGUAAUUUACACUGAGAUGAUUGAUGGGUUGUGUAAAUUACUAAAGACUGAUGAGGCUUAUAAGCUUAUGCAGAUGAUGGAUGUAAAGGGUUGCAGUCCGAAUGUUGUGACUUAUACUGCAAUGAUUGAUGGAUUUGGGAAAGCUGGUAAAAUUGAGAGAUGCCUUGAGCUAUUCAACUUGAUGCAUGAGAAGGGGUGUGCUCCAAAUUAUGUGACCUAUAGGGUUUUGAUAAAUCACUGUUGCUCUUUUGGCCUUCUAGAUAAGGCUCACGACCUUCUGGAGGAGAUGAAGCAGACAUAUUGGCCUAUGCAUGUUGCAAGCUAUCAGAAAGUUAUCGAGGGAUUCAACCAAGAAUUUAUUGUCUCCCUAGGUCUCCUAGACGUUUUAAGUGAUAAUGAGCUCGUGCCUAUUGCUCCUGUUUACAAAAUUCUAGUUGAUAGCUUUUGUAAGGCAGGAAGACUGGAUGUAGCAGUACAAUUGUGUAAAGAGAUAUCGUCAUUUGCCCCCAUUCAUUCAGUGGCUCAUGUUUAUUCCUCACUGAUUGAGAAUUUGUGUCUUGCAUCCAAAGUUGAUGAAGGUUUUAAGUUGUUUGCUGACAUGACAAGGAAUGGAGGAGUUCCAGAGCCAAGUGUAUUUUUCCACCUUAUCAUGGGGCUCAUCAAAUCAAAUCGCUGGGAGGAAGCUCUUCAAAUUUCACAUAGCACAUGCCUGAUGGGUUUAAAGUGGCUCCCUUCCGAGGAAAUGGUUUAAAGAAACUAAUUACUACUACUUGUUCAUUACAACACGAUGAUGCUCGAAAGGAAAGCUUGAUCAAUUUUGUUAAUUCCAGUCAUCUGCUGCUAUUUACUGGAGUCUUCAAUAUUAUGGAAGUGGGCUCUGUAUGAAGGAUGUGUGCUUUAUUACAAAGGAUAUCAAACUUUUAAAAGUUGUUCACUUGUUAGUUUGCUCCAUCAACCAAUGGAUGUAUCUGACAUUGCUGUAUGGCAGCUUUACACCUUUCACCAAGCUGAUCCUCAAUGUAGGCGAGCUGCGUGUUCUGCAGUUGACUGUUGUCUGAUGAUGCAUAUGAGAUUUGUGAGUUCGAUUCAGUGUAAAUGAGGUAUACCUUUUCUUGAUAUACAACUGGUGCCAAUUUUAGGGCUCAAUCAAGGCCUUGGAAGCAAUAGAAAGUAAGAUUGUCAUACCUCUUGUUUCUUCAUCAGAGGAAAUUGUAAGAAAUUUUAAGAUGCAGCUAUGCUCUUCAAAUCCCAGAAGCCCAUAAGCUUAUGAGCCUAUUAAAGGAAAGGGUACGAGUGACUGUUAGUCUCUAGCUUGGAAACCAUUGUCCUAAGUAACAACGAAGCCUUGACUUCAGCUGGCUGGCAGUACUUCUUCAACGUCAAGUGUCCUUAUUGGCCUCGCACCCAAGUGCAUCCAUUGCUUGCUGUAAGAGUGGAAUCUACUCUCUUUCCUCUGUUUUCUUCUUGCUUCACAAGGACUUGUGAAAUACUUUAUUGCACAAUAUAGAGCAUUAUCCUGAAUAGAAAGAUUGGGAAUGAAGGAGCAAGAACAACCCUCUUAGCUUUGCCUUAUGUGAUUUGAAAAACAGGACCAAAUAGUUCUCAUGAGUUUAUUCAUUGAUCGAUGUCAGCAACGUUGAUCAGAAAUUCUUCAUCAAACAGGACUUGGAAGCAAACAAGAGCUUAAAGAAUUUUAGACAGAUCUUGCCAAAGACUUCUGGCAUGGAGGACAAUAACUAAGAAUCUAAAGGCAACAAGCAUCAGGGGAAAACAGGACAUCUUCUGACAGCAUUCACAGAAAAGAAUGACCAGGAUCCCGUACUAUGUAGAGAUGAUUAUCAUUAUUAUCAGCUAAAAAUAAAUUGUCUCACAGUCUGACUUGGCAAAGGUAGCUGCAUUGGGAGUCUUCCUGUCCAUAAAUGUGUUACUUUUGAGCAACUUCUCUGUAUAACCUUCUGUGCAGGAUGUGUGCUUCAUAUUGUAUCAAACUUCAAGAGAUCUAAAUUAUACAUGAAACUGGUACAUAAUCAGCGUGUUAGUGACAUCCUGCAGUUCUUGUUUAUAUUUGACAAGAAAAAUGCAAAAAUGGAUAUCAUCCUGCCAUACGAGUUUUGGUAAUAUGGGUUACUGGGUUUAGGCCUGCACUGUUCAUCAGCCAUUAGUACACUUGAUUUUUUCGUCACAAGUUGAAGUGAGGAUGAAGCAGUCUUGAAGAUGAUUACUUGUACCAACUACAAGAUGGCUACCUGAUGAAGAAGGAAGAUGGAAUACUAUCAUGCCAUUUCACUAAGGUCAAUACAUUUUCUUUUGUAAGUCCGUAGAAGCUAUUGGAGCGAGUUUUCCUCUGAGUACAAGCAUUUUUUGGCAGAAUAUGCAUCUUUCUGUUGAAAUUUGGAAAGCUAAUCUAGAUGGCUUUUGACUAGAAUUUUAUCCAUGCUUAUCAUAUGGCCAUUUUUGUAGUCUAAUAAAAGAUUUGUGAACGUCAAUGUUGCUCAUUUUUGGGGAGCAGGGCGUAUGGAGGAGAAUGAAAAACUCUGCUAUUACCAUUAAUGAUUCUUGAAGUCCCUUAAUAUUUCUGUUACGUCAAUGUGAAAUGCUUAUCCAUGAUGUACCUAAUUGAAUUAGAUAUGAUAUACUUGACAACUGGGCCUUUUUAAUUUACUUAGUACGAAGUAUAUAUUUCUCAAUCAUAUUUU